AUGGCACUUCUAGUGAGUGUCAGCACAGAAGCUGACGGUCGUUUGCCUUCUCUUGGUGAGUCUCUGGACGCUGACUUCAUGUUGAUAAAUCACAGAUGGACAAAAAAUCGGUCAGUGACACGUCUCUACGACCUCGCUCCGUGGGGCGUGGGGGUGUUCGAGGUGCCAAAGGGAGGGCCUGGUACUAACAACACCGAGGCACUGAUCUCCCGUGCAGUCAAGGAAGCUCGGAAGCUCCGGCAGUUGUCGCGGUGCGUGAACGCGGUCGUACUGAGCGACGACCCCGCCUUCCUGGCCUCCUUCGCCGAGUCGUCCCUCCGAGGGCGCCUCCUGGUGUGGGCCACGAGGCUCAUGGUCGUCACCCGCCUGCCGGUUUACGAGCUCAGUGGCAUUUUCAAUGACCACUGGACGUUUUCCAUGAUGAAUAUAAUGCUCAUCGUAACAGAGAGAACAUCACGUAGCAUCAGAUGCGGUGUUUACGUCCAGCUUCCGUAUAGCCCAGCUGGAAGGCAGUUGGUGAGGCUUGCUUCUUGGACGCCUCAGCGGGGACUGCAACUUCAGACAUCCCUCCCGCUCUUCCCUGACAAGUUCUCAAACUUCUACGGCUCUCCCAUCAACGUCUCCGCCAAGAGCUACAAGCCGUACUGGUUCGAGCUCAACGAGGAGGCAGUCGACGGCUCCAAGAAGCUCUCCGGCAUGGACUACUUGCUCCUCGAGACGGUCGCCAAUGCACUGAACUUCACUAUAAAGGUCACACCUAUUGCUAGUUGGGCAGAGCCCUUUUCUAAUUCGUACCUCAAUCAACAGUCCCUGGACAACGUGGUCUCGAAGCAGUCCUACAUAACACCAGUGAUUCACGCGGUUCUGCGAAACAGACUCGAACGCUUCGACUUCACGAUUCCUUACACGUACGCCUCCUAUUCCAUCAGCAUGAGGAUGCCAGGACUCGCUCCCAAAUGGCAGAGUCUGUACUACCCUUUGGCAGGCGUCGUGUGGGUGUCCAUCGUGGCGACGACGGUGCUGGUCGUGGUGGUCAUUCUGAUGAUGAACCGCCUGAGCGACUCGAUAAGCCCCGGCAAGUCCUUAGACCCGGGCACAACCGUGAUCGAGGUGGUGGGGAUCCUGAUCGGCGAGAACCUGUACAAGACGCUGCCCUCACAGAACUCCAGGCGGGUGCUCCUGGCGGCGUGGCUGAUCUUCGCCUUCGUCUUGGGCUCGGCUUACACGGGCAACCUCACCGCCGCCCUCACGCUGCCCAAGUACCCGCCGCGGCCAGAGACUCUCAGGGAGCUUGUGCGAAGCGUUGAUAAAGUGACGAUGGAGCCCUGGGGGAGGGACUACAAGGCCUACUUCAAGGAAUCCGGAUCCGACGUAUUCACGAGGCUGGCUGAUCUGAUGGAGCUCGGGCCGGCGCUGCUCUUCGGUCUAAAGCAGGCUACGCAGAAGAGAACGGCGCACAUGGACUCCCGAGCCGUCCUCCUGCUCAACAUCGCCGAGAGCUUCACCAAGGCGGACGGGACGACGCCGCUGUACGUGGUGCGGGAGAGCGCGAUUUCGGGCAUGUCGGCGUGGCCCAUCCCGCACGACGCGCCCUUCAAGAAGAACCUCGACCGCUGCAUAAGGGCGUCUCUGGAGGCCGGCCUGUACGAGAAGUGGGAGAGCGACAUGCUGGAGAUGGCGCGGCGCGAGAGCCGCGAGCGGCAGCGCAGGCAGCAGAGGGAGCAGCCGCAGGACGAGGAGGAGGAGGCCGAGGGAUCCGGCGGCGGCAUCCAGGCGCUCACCCUCGUGCACAUGCAGGGGCCUCUCAUGCUCCUGCUCCUCGGGCUGCUGCUGGGGGCGCUCGCUUUCCUGCUGGAGUUGGUGUUCACAAAGGGCUGCUGCGUCGGCUGA